AUGUCAAAAACAAAUAUUUCUUCCAAUCCUUUUCGCCAACAAGACUCUACAACAGUGAUUAAACCACUAGUUGUAGCUGACGAUCUUACACAUAGCUGCAAAUUUAGCUCACAUGCAGAGUUCCAAUCAGCAAAAGCUCCUUCAGGUAUCGACGGCCAUUUGGAAAAUGCAACAAAAGCUUCAAAAGGCUCAUUACGUUCGCAGUCUCCGAAAAUAAAUUUUACCAUUGAAGAACCAGGAAAUAAAACUCCUGAAAAGACCAACAUUUCGUCAUCGCAGACAAAUAACCUCAACAUUCAAUGCUCUAGAACUGGUGUACCAGGGUUCGAAGUUGAUGAUCUUGAAAUAGUACCGAAAAUUUUAAAAAAUUCUUUUGCUAACCAGACUGAUUUAACAUCACAUCAAGAAGAUAUACCGCAAUAUCUAGCUCAGGAGAAUGCUUUUGGCCUAGAAGGUUUACCUUUAGAUGUAGAUGGGUUCAAACGGCUGCUUUUGACUGGAGAUUCAAGUUUGAGAUCAACCCCACACAACCCCUUUGUUCGAUCUCAAGAUGUCGAUCAUCAGUUUGAAAAUGAAACCAUUCUAUCGAAUAAGUCAUCUGAAUGUCAGCAGCUUGUUCCCACAAAUCCCAUAAAAAAUAUAUAUCGUGAAUUAGAAAAAUCAGAAAGUAAUUCAGAGACGGAAAAACAUCAAACAGACUUUGACCUGGGAAUACGACCUCCCAUAGAGAACCUGACUCCAUCAAAAUCUCGUUAUCCAAAGUUAAUUAAAGUGGAAUUAAAAGAUGACAUAUCAUUAAAUACUUCUCAAUAUCCAUCCUCAAUAGCCUCGAAUCACUCUUUCCCUAGGCCGAUGACGCCUACAAAUUCUCAUUUAACCCCCUGUCAAAGAAGUACCGUCAAACUAAAUCUCAACAAACCUUUACCUCCAGCUCCCACAACAAACUUUGAAUCCGAUAACAUACUAUUGCAUAGCAGGAAAUUAGCCAAGAGGUCCAUAUCUACGCCAUUUUAUUCAUCAUCUUCAUUCCGAAAAAUACCACCAAAUCCGUUACCGAUACGACGAAAUAGUCAUUUAAUCCAAGGCAUGGCAUCAGGAACAUCAGAUUUCUCUUCUAAUAAAACCCCACCAAAACCGACAUCUAGUGGAAGCCCUAAAAGUACAGUGCUAGCUCCGUUGCAAAAUAUAACAAAUUAUGAAGGGAAAAGACGCUCAUUCUCAAAAUCAAUCAGUGAAAAUGACUCUACACUUCCAUUAACCCGUCGCCGGACAAGCCAUUGGAACUUUGUCCACUACUCUAGACCAAAUCUUCGCUCCACUACUUUAAAUCGUUCGUUUACAAGCUAA